AUGUAUGAAAGCCCGCAUAAGGCGACCACGAAUGCCUGGCUGCGGCAGCCAUUACAAACGUGCCUUAAUGCACGGCAGGCGAUUGGCCGCGUGCAGCCAAAGCAAGUGUGCGAAAUGCUACCGUGGCUGCCGUCAGUCUCUAUGCACUUGGCGACACAGCCAGACCUAUUCACUCGACGAAAGGUUUACAAGUUACCGUCGAUUGCCGCAGCUUGGCUGCCUAGUGCGGACUUAAAAAGCAAUUCAAAGGAUAACAAAGUCUGUGAGGCGCAAUUAAAUGCUACUAUAUUUCGUGGAAGACAAUUCGGGUAU